AUGAAUCGCGAAACGCUUCCACAAUUCGAGGAACUGCCUCUGUCACCAGGAGACCCCCCCUUUUCAGCUUGGGGCUUAUGGAAGAAAUCAUCCCUGGGAUCACUCAAUCAUUUGACAGCAGAAAAAGUUCUGCAAGGGGCAAGAAAUGAAAUCACUACAGGCACCCGAGUGUGUCUAAACCUCCCACUAGACACGAUCAACCCUGGAUUGUUUGGACGCCCGAACUUUGAGCAAAAGCUGAUCAAUAAGGCACCUCGUACUAUCAACGAUGACAGUAUCAAUUUCAACACCCAAGGCAGCUCUCAAUGGGACAGCUUCCGACACUUUGGCUAUCAAAAAGAGCAGGUGUUCUACAAUGGUGUCACUCAAGAUCUCAUCCAUGGGCCCGAAAAAUCCGGCGCGAAUGGAAUCGGAGAGUGGGCUGAACAGGCUAUCGCUGGAAGAGGAGUCUUGAUUGAUUUCUACGACUGGGCUCAGACCAACGCGCACGAGUUCGACCCCUUGGGAACUUCGCCUAUUACAGUCGAGCACGUCAAGAAAAUAAUGACCGAGAAGAAAAUUGAGCUCAUGACAGGGGAUGUUCUCAUCAUUCGAACCGGUUACGUCCCCGCAUAUCUUCAGCUUUCUGCGGAUCAGAGAAAAGAAGUAUCGACCAAGUUCGCUUUUCCAGGGCUAGCCCAGUCCGAAGAGACUACUCGAUGGCUCUGGGAGAGGCAGUUUGCCGCAGUAGCAGCGGACUCGCCAGCAUUUGAGUGCACACCACCGACGGAUCCCGAGUGGUUUCUUCACCCAGUUCUCCUUGCGGGCUGGGGAACUCCCAUUGGAGAGUUGUUCGACUUGGAAAAGCUAUCAGAGACAUGUAAAGAGCUAGGACGUUGGACAUUCUUCCUCUGCAGCGUUCCCUUGAAUUAUAGCGGUGCGGUGGCAAGUCCGCCCAAUGCCAUGGCUAUCUUCUAA